UUCAAUUCCGCGAGUCCCGUCCCCAUUAUGUUAGUUAUAGCUAGUUAUCUUUUACCUAAAACCUCCAAAAGUUAUUUAGUGAAUUACAGGUAUCUACCUCUAGUAGUAGUAUCUUAAAAACACCAAUUGUCCCUAUACCCCGUCGAAUGAAGCCUCGUCCACUAUUAGGUACCUAGAGCUUGAAGCUUACUUCCAUUCCAUACUACCUACGGAGCUUAUUGUCCUUUUUCUUGUCGCCCGUUUUUAAGGGACACAUACAUACGUCACGCGGUAGGCGGCCCGGCUCCCAAAGAUGCCUACGAUGUGGUUAUCAGACGCCCAAAAAAUUGGGGUUGCCUUCUGCUCUGGCGGUGGCUUCUUCCUGAUUGGAGGUGUCAUGCUAUUCUUCGACCGCGCCAUGCUUGCGAUGGGCAAUAUCCUCUUCCUAAUCGGCUUAACGAUUAUCAUCGGUCCGCAGAAGACGCUGCUCUUCUUCGCGCGGAAACAGAAGGCCAAGGGCACGGCGGCGUUUUUCCUGGGACUUACGUUAAUCCUGAUGCGAUGGGCGCUGAUCGGGUUCUGCGUCGAGCUAUACGGUAUCGUGGUGCUAUUCGGAGACUUCCUCGGGACGAUCGCGAGCUUCGCGCGGAACACACCCGUCGUGGGUCCUUACAUCGGCCUCGUUAUCGACCGCAUCCCGGGUUUCGGAGGCCGAAGGAAUGCUGAGUUGCCCGUUUGAAAGAGAAGGAGCCUUUUUUUUUUCGGCUCACUUUAUCUAACCCCCUAAUUAUUACAACUCAAGACUAAG